AUGGCCUACAACUGGGCGAUCGCCCUCCUCACCAUCUCCGUCGUGCUUUUGCUGACCACCCCCCAAGCGCUCGACCACACCAAACGAGUCUUCCUAUACGCCGCCGGCACCUGCCUCGCCUGCCUCUCCCUCGUUACCUCCGUCGGCCUCAUCUACUACUCCGUCCUCAGCCAUCCCGGCGCCCAACUCGCAAAGAGGGAGUCCAACUCCCGGAUAGAAGAUAGAGACGACACCCAAUCCAUCUCAGGAUUCCAUGGCGAUUCCUCAGAAUCAGUGAUCAAGAACAAGGCGUCAUUGCUAGAAGAGAAGAAGAAAGUCAUUGUUGAUGGGGAAAAAGAUCUUUUGCAUGAGAAGGAGGUGGCUAUCAUGGAGGAAUUAUACAAAGAAUGUGUCAUAGCAAUGCAGGGUGGGUUGCUACUGACCAGCAAUAACUUUGGUGUUGUAAGAGAAGCAAUUAAGAAAGCAUUUGCAAAUCUUGAUGUCUGGCUCUCGAUUUGGAUUCGUUCUCUGGUUGACAAUCAGAAACUGAGAUUGAAGCGGCAGAUAUUGAAUACUAUUUUAGGUACCUUAAUAUUUGCAAGCGUGGAUAAUAUCUGUAAGGACAUUUUUCUUCGUGGCAAGAUGGAUGAUCAAGGUUGGGUUCCCGUCUCAUUGAUUGCUACCUUUAACAUGGUGAGUAAUCCAUGUGAUUAUGGAUAUGAGGAGUAA